UGAUGUAAUAAUUUGAAGAUGAGGAAGAAGAUUUUAGUAAAGGAAGAAGAAGAGUAAAAUUGAAUGAAGAAUAAUCAUCUAUAAUCCCAUUGAUACCUGGUAUAUUGGAUAUGAUUUUCUAAUUUUUAACACCUUCUUAGCAUUUGUAAAUGAGAUUAGUUUCUCAUUAAUGCAAUACUGUAGUUUAAUAAUUUAUGAAAAAGUUUCUGGUCACAUAAGUAUAAAAAGGAACGUUUCAAUAAUUCAAUAAUUUUAUCAGUACAUUAAUUAUAGUAAAUAAUUAUAGGACAAUUUUCAUCAUUAAACAAAAUAAAAUUACCUCCAAUUUCAUCAGAUCAACAUAAAUUAUGUGAUGAUAUAAAUCCACAGUAUUUGACUUAAGUUAUUUUCCAUGAUUUCUUAAAUGAUUCAUAAUCUUAAUAAGAAUAUUUAAAAGAGUUUUUCCAAAAGUAUACAUCCAUAAAUUCUGUUGGAAUAAAUAAAUUUUUAUCACUUAAAUGGUUACCUCUUGAAAAUAUUAAAUAAUUAGAUUUAUCAUCUGUAAUGGAAAUAAAAGAUAAAAGUUUUUUGGAGAAUUGUAGAAGUUUAGUUUCUUUAUCAUUUCAUAUUUAAGAGAUAAACAAUUUUUUUUCAACAAGUGAAUUUCCACCUUUAGAAUAAUUAAAAGUAUUAAAAAUAAAAUUAUGGGGACCAACUUUUAAAGAAGAACAUUAUUAAAAUUUCUUAAAUUUUUUAGAAUCAAUAAAAAAUCUUGAAAUAUUAGAAUUAUUAUUUUGUACAUAUGAAUCAAAUUGUGUUAAACAAGAUGUAUUUAAUGCAUUUGUUACAAAACUACCAUGUAUAAUAAUAAUAUAUUUAAAUUAGAACUUCGUAUAUUAUAUGCAUUUUCUUGUUAUGAUUAAAUAUAGAAUACAUAAUUUAGAUAGAGAUUUGAUUAUUUAGUAAUUGAAAAUAAUACAUACAUUAAAUUAAAACCUUUAGAUAUUCCAACUUUAGAAACAUUAUUGGCUUUUACUAAUAUUUUGGAUAUUACAAAAUGUAAAUUAGAAGAGGAAAAUGAAAAAUAAAUAUAAGAAUUCUUAGAGAAAUAAAGAAAAUGUCCAGCAUAAAAAUAUGAAACCAUUUUGAAAGUAAUAUAUAUAAAUUAAUUUAAAAAGGUAUCUUUUGAAUAAAAACAUAUUAUUGCUGAAUAUGAAGACUUUCCUAAAGUACAAAAAAAUAGUGAGUUUACUACAUUUUGGAAUUCUGGUCAUUAUUCUAUUUGA